AGAGAUGCACACAAGCGUACGAGCCAUCAGAGCUCUAGUGGAAGCCAAGCGAAGCACUGCGCCACACACACUCUGAGUCUGAUCGCUGGGGAUCUAUUGCGUUGAGAAGUGAGGACACCUGAAAUGUCGUGUUUCCAGCUGCUUUUCCCGCAUCUGGAGUGGAUCUGAACUGCAGUCCAGUGAAACCGGCCUGUCUUUGGAUCUCUCUCUCUGUGUGUGUGUGUGUGUGUGUGUGUGUGCGUGCGCGUGCGUGCAUGGGUCUAUGUGUGUGUAUGAGUGUGUAUGAGUGUGUGUGCAACCCCAGCACAUUUCCUUGGAGGGGUAUUUGUGUUGUUUUGGGGAUCUAUGGGAUGCAUCUAGAUCGGGCUGGAUCCUCUGGGGGGGCAACAAUGUGGGUUACUGGGAAGGGGAAACCAACAGGACCCUGAGGCUUGUGUAAAUGUGCUUCCCGACUGCCUCAGUCGUCUGAGAAGGUCAGACCUCCCUGUGGCACACUUGGGCCGCUGGCACUAAGAUGUCCCUCAGUAGUGACACUGCAGGCGGGAAAGGUGUGGACUCAAAUGCGGUGGACACUUAUGACAGCGGAGAUGAGUGGGAUAUUGGUGUAGGCAACCUGAUCAUUGACCUCGACGCCGACUUGGAAAAAGACAAGCUUGAGAUGUCUGGCACUAAGGAUGGGGAUGGAAUGGCUGCUGCCUCAAGCGCCGUAGCUGCAUUGCCAGACAACAUAAAGUUCAUUAACCCGGUGCCUCCUCCGCCGAUCAAAGACAGCAAAUCCAAAGCUAAGCGUAGCAAGAAUUCCAAGGACAGUAGCAAGUCCUCGACCCCUGACGGGGCCAAAAAGGAUGCCCAGGGACGGACCCAAAAUGAGGGCACUGGGCCAACCGUGGGAAGCGGUUCCACAGCUUUACCUUCCGGGAAAGGUUCCGAUAAAAGUAACAAAGCCUCCCGUAAUGUUCAGAGUGGAAAAAAGGACAAGGAGGGUUCUGGGAAAAGCAAGAAGGAGAAAAACGAAGGGGUACAAGCUGGGAACAUGCCCUCGGAAAAGGACCCAUCGGCACAGGUUAUGCCUUUAGGCCAGGCACGCAAUACCCCGUUUGAGGGGACGCAACAUUUGGACCUUGUUGGUGCUGAGCAACUAGGGAAUAUUACCCUCGAUACCACUGGAAUAGUCACACCUUUGGCUAUCAAGAGUGAACCAGAAGAAGUGGAAAAUAAUGACGGCAGGACCAUGAAAAAAGUGAAAAGCGAAAAGACGUUUGGAAAGCUUCCUGCAGGACACACUCCAUGUUCCCUGGUGGACUGA